UCUCUCUCUCUCUCUCUCUCUCCCCCUCUGACUUUUUAUUUUCUUUUGUUCCUUUGUAACCAAAAAUUUCUUUCUUUUUGUUAAUCUUUUUAUUGUUCUUUACCAUCUUCUUCUUCCUCUUCUUCUAGUCAUACAUAGAACCACAUAGAACGGUUUCAGUACCUCAAUUUGGCCGCUGAAACAUAGACACACACAAACAGGGGAGGAAAUCAAUAUAUAACUUGUGGGAUUCUCAGGAACCUCCAUUUCUCAAUCUAAAGCUCAGUCCUGGUUUUUAUGUUACAUGGCCUUUUCAAAGUCAGUGCAGAGAUUAAGCUUUUUCUUGGUUGAAAAUUCCUGGUUAUUGUAAAUAUUGCUUUCCUGUACCAGGAGUUCAGUACCAAAAAGAAAAACUUGGAAGAAGGACUUCAUUACAGAACGAACACCAUGUCAUCUCUGCUAGCAAGAACAGGAAGACAUCGACAACGUUAUGAGAACAAUGUUCGCCUUGUUUCUGGAUGCAUUCCCUACAGAAUUAGAAAAGACAGUGACGAAGAAAGCAAUGACUUAGAAAACAGGAUAGAAGUCCUUAUGGUUUCCUCACCCAAUAGAACUGAUCUUGUGUUUCCUAAGGGUGGAUGGGAAAAUGAUGAGACUGUGUACGAAGCAGCUUGUCGAGAAGCCAUAGAAGAAGCAGGAGUUAAGGGAAUUCUCAGAGAAUUACCCCUGGGAGUUUGGCGCUUCAGAAGCAAGAGUAGACAAGAUCCUUGCACCCUGGAAGGAGGUUGCAAAGGAUUCAUGUUUGCUUUGGAGGUGACCGAGGAGCUCGAGAACUGGCCUGAACGGGAAAAUCGCGACAGGAAAUGGCUAAACAUAAAAGACGCAUUUGAGUUCUGUCGAUAUGAAUGGAUGCGAGAAGCACUGGAAAUUUUUCUAGGAGUCAUAGCAGAGGACAAGAAAGCUGAGAUGAAGGAAGAGACAGUGGAACUCUCUUCGAUGCCAGUGUCAGAAGUUCUUGCAGAUUGUGCAAUGUUGUCAUCAAACUGUUGUGCAAAGCCCGUGAACGGCCAGCACAAUGGUGUGAUUUCAUUCACCUGGCAAAUUCCUCUCAAGGGCUUGCCGCUGACAUAAAUGAUGUGCAGGGUCAUGCUCGUUCUCUACCUCUACAAUGUGUGCAGGCAGUAGAUUCUGUUUCAUGAUUCCAUGGUGUCCAGUAUGUUAAUUUACUGAUGAUGUGAAGUGGAAUCAUCGCUUUUUUUUUUUUUGUGUUCGUUGUAGACAUUUUUCCUUUUCCUUUCUGAGGAAGAAUUUUCAUGUCUAACUUUGUCAUGAACUCUACAUGACAGAAAGGCUGUGUAAGACCUUGUAUUUGGGCCUUUAUGCAUAACCUUAUUUAGACUAUUGCCAACA